GCCUGUUUUCCCCUUCUCUCAACAACAAAGCAAACAAAGAACCCUGGGCGGCUAAAAUAGAAUCAACCAAACGUCAAUGGCAGACACGGCGGAUACCCAGGACACGAUCAAGCAGCUCACGCUUGUGAAGGAUGCGGACCCUAUGAGUCUGUUGAGCUCUAACAACUACUUGGAGCAGCUUGUGCCCAUUAUCAAGACACAUCUCAAGGAGAACACGGUGAAGGAUCUUGUGGCGGAGCUCAUUUCUGAGAACGAGCGUAAGGAUGACGAGUUGGUGGCAGCUGUCUCGGAGAAGGAGGAGAGCAUCAACAUUGCUGCGAGCGAGAUUGCUGAGAUCUCAACUGAUGCCGCUAGCAUGAACGAUCAGAUUAAAGACAUUGGCGGUCACUUGGCGAAGACUUCGAACCUCACGUUUGAGAAGAAAUUCCAGCUGCUCGCGUUGAAGAAGGAUAUAAACAAGAUACAGGAGUCUGAGAUUCUCCUUAACAAGGUGCUCCAGGUGCUUGAGCUCACGGACAGAACCCACACCUUGAUCAAGGAGAACAAGUUCUUUAGUGCCUUGAAGAAUUUAAACGAUUUGAAUGCGUUGGACAAGGACUUCGAUAGAGACUUCCAGUUCUUGAAGAACAUCAACGAGUCGAUUCCGAUUUUGAAGAACUUGAUCAAAAAUGAAUCGAUUAGUCUGUUGAAGAGAGACUUGGGGACUUUGGAUUCAAAAUUUGGAAGCUUUGGAGAGGAGUACUUCAACGCUUAUGCAAGUCUAAUCACACGGUGGGAAGAAUUUAAAACCCAAAGAAAGGAGUAUGAGCGUUUUAAGAUCAAUUCUCCAGUGGAGAUUAGUCUAAGAAGCUCAUACGUGCAAAAUGAACUGCCUCAUAUUUCAAGUUUUAUCAAAUUCACAUUCAUCUAUGAUACACAUUUGAUCUUCCAGACGUUGGGAGAAGAUGAAAUAUUGAAAUAUGAGCUUAACAGCGAGCUGUCUAGAAGAAGAGAGAAAGUUUUCUACCCAUUUGUCCCGAGCGACAGCAAGAAUCUUGCAUUCCAAGAGUAUGUUAAAGACAAUGAAAAACUUUUAAGCUUUAUGCAAAAGCUUACAGGGUAUUUGAUCUUCUACAGAACUAUUUGUGCUAGACUUCCCGAGACGAUUGCCAUAAACAUGAAUGAUCUCUGGGAGAACUUGAGUGCAAAGAUCUGUACCCAUUUGAGAAACCUUAUCCUCAACGAAGUUAGAGAAAUCCCAAAGAUCACCGAGAUUAAAAGAAUGCUUGGUAUCUUCUGUCUCAUACUGGAGCGUUAUGAUAUGAAUCAUGACCAAUUCUACUCUUUGCUUAUCAUAUGUUAUAAGAAGUAUACACAACUGGCCAAUUUUGCAUUUACAAAUGAGUUUGUACACUCUGCCGAGGAUGAUGAUUCCAUGCCAAUGUCCAUAUACGAUGCCAAGUUGUACAAGAAGAUUACGAGUGUUUGUUGGUAUGAUGACGAUAGAUCGCUGGACCAAAUCAAAUUCCCGUUGACUUUACCUUUCUCAACUAUCUACCCUAUGGCCUGUGCACAGGUGCGCAAUUACAUGACACAACAAAACGCCUUCUUGAAGGAGUAUUAUAAGUAUGACACCUCUUCAGUGAACAGAAUGUCAGUUGAGAACAUAGACAAUGUGUUGUUGAAUGCAAUCAAUAACUAUUAUGUGAGAAAGUUGAAAGAUUCUUUGACAAGAGAGGAGCUUUCACAAAAUUUGAUCAACUUGGAGUACUUCCUCAUUAUGUCUAAAGAGAUAUCGCAAGACUUGAGUGAAGUUUAUGAAAUGAACAUCUCCUUAAAAGCCAUUGAGGCAUUUAGCAAAACGAGAAAGGAUACCGAGCAGAAGAUGAUGGACUUUGUUGAUAGCAAGAUGGGUGAUCUUCUGGAGUUGAUUGAUUGGGAUUGGACUGGACAUGUAGUGAAUUCCGAACCAACGUUCUUUAUCAGAGAUAUCAGUGACUUCUUACAGAAUCUUUUCAAUUCUGCAUUACUGAAGCUUCCACUCUCCGUGAAGACACUAUUACUAUUUAGAGCAUUCGAUCUAAUCGCAAAGGAGUUUUGGGGCAACAUGAUGGAACAGCCAAGGAUCACCAGGGCUGCUGUUGCUAACUUCGACAGAGAUAUCUGCUACAUUGAAGCGGUUACAAAAGAACUGAACCCUUCACGGGAUCAAAACACCUCAAGGGACUCUCUUCAGUCGAUGUUUGUCAAGUUGAGACAAGCCAUCAAUCUCUUAAAACAAGGAAACCUGAAUGAGUACCAGGACCAGAGCAAGAGACUGAAAUAUUUCGACCAGUUAAAAGCAGAGGAGGCAUAUUCUUUGAUUAACAAGUUACGUAUUUAGAUUAGAAAUGAAAAA